CGGCUUUCCUGGAGCCAGCAACGCAAAAAAAAAAAGAAAAGAAGGAUGCCAGCUCUUGAAUUCCCUGCCAUUUUUACACUCUCAAAUUAGAGGACACGGUCGGACACGAGAGGAAACAGACGCAGAUGGUGGAGUAGUGAGAGACCCGACGCGUUCCCUCUGACGCGUUUGAAGAUCAUUCUCCUCCGCUGACGCGCGGCGAGACGGCACCGACUGUUUCACGCGCAAGAUCAGGCCGAAUUUUGCGCACAUUUGACCGUCAGGAAAUGAGUAUAGAAAUCCCCGAGGGCUUGACGGAGCUUCUGCAGAGCUUUACCGUGGAGGUGCUCCGGAACCAGCCGGGAGAUCUGCUGGAGUUCGCGCUGCAGUACUUCACGCGCCUCAAGGAGAACGAGACGCGCGGAGGCGCGUUCGGCAAUGAGCUCAAUUCAGCCGCGCGAGCGGGGAAAGCCGUCAACUUCAUGGAGGAGGCCAUGCAGAUCGACUCCGAGAACGGAGAGGAAGAGGAUGAUGAUGAUGACGAUGAAGAAUUCGUAGCUCCAGUUAUCAACAGAUUUGUCCGGAGAGUUUCUGUUUGUGCGGAGGCGUACAACCCUGAUGAAGAUGAAGAGGAGAGGGAACCCAGGGUCACUCACCCCAAAACAGACGAGCAGAGACAGAGACUACAGGACGCCUGCAAAGACAUCCUACUGUUCAAAAACCUGGACCAGGAGCAGAUGUCUCAGGUGUUGGAUGCCAUGUUUGAGAAGGUGGUGGUGAGCGGAGAGCACGUCAUCGAUCAAGACGAUGAUGGAGACAACUUCUACGUCAUUGAGAGGGGAACGUUUGACAUCGAGCUGAAAGUGGACGGCACCAGGCGGACCGUGGGCUCUUAUGACCACCGUGGGAGUUUCGGAGAGCUGGCCCUGAUGUACAACACGCCGAGGGCCGCCAGCAUCAUCGCCACCUCGUCUGGAGCCCUGUGGGGCCUCGAUCGGCUGACGUUCAGAAGGAUCAUCGUAAGGAACAACGCGAAGAAAAGAAAAAUGUACGAAGCUUUCAUCGGGACCCUUCCACUGCUCACGUCUCUGGAGGUUUCAGAGAGGAUGAAGGUGGUUGAUGUGCUGUCGACUAAAGUGUUCAACAGUGGAGAACAGAUCAUCGCUCAGGGUGAUCUGGCACAAUCUUUCUACAUCGUAGAGUCAGGACACGUUAGGAUCACCAUGAAGAGAAGCAAGUCAAAAAACGACACCGAAGACGAGGAGGUGGAGAUCGCCACAUGCUCAAGAGGCCAGUACUUUGGAGAGCUUGCACUCGUCACUAACAAGCCACGGGCGGCAUCUGCAUACGCCAUGGACAACGUCAAAUGCUUAGUAAUGGACGUGCAGGCGUUCGAGAGGUUAUUAGGCCCCUGCAUGGACAUCAUGAAACGAAACAUAGCCAAUUACGAGGAGCAGCUGAUCACGCUCUUCGGGAGUCACGUCGCAAUACAGGAGCCGGAUGCAUGAAAUCAGUUCAUCAAUAAACACCGCAAACUACAAAUGCAACAUUAAACGAUGAGAAAUGGUAAGUAGAGGUCCGUCACCAUGAUUGAGAAACAUGAACUUUAGAUCAUAAACUUGAAGUUAUUGUUUUGCGUUCACAGAUGAUCAAAGAUCAUGAUUUUUUUUAGAUGUGAAAAGCCAGAUGUGAGCAUUUUCCUCCGGGGUAAUCAAGGUUUUCUCAAAGCUAUUUGGUCCGGGGAUUUGAUAACAUUAUUUUCUGUGUUUCUUUCACAUGCUGCAUCUUUUACAGUGACGUCCUCACAGAGACUGCAUUAUCAUGUCAUAUACAGUACAGUAACAUGCUAAUUUAUUCUUUUGAAGCGAUGUUUAUGGAUUUUAAAAUCUGCUGUUGAGCAUUUGUUCAUGUUUUCAGUGUUAUGCGAGUCAUUUUUACUGUAAGACUAAAUAUUAGAGUUGCAUCUGGAUGACACCGGUUACAAAAAACGUGAACGGUUACAUAUAACGAAUUAUGAAAAACAGUUUAAAGUCAACAUGAAAACUAAUCUGAACGUGUUUAAUUAGAGCGCAUUCAUUUAAAAAAUAAAGUUUGUAGUAAAAAUGCCAAUGCCUCUAAUCCAACAUUUGUUUUCAUUAAUUUAUUCUGGUAUGAAACACCCAUUUUAUUUGACUGUCAAAUCAAUUCUGAUAAAUAUAAUCAGAUUUUUUUAUAUAUCCUAUUUAACUCAUUAAUAUUUCAGAUUUCAGAAGUCAAAUUAAUUGCAAACUGUGUUUCACGUUGACUUUAAUAAUCAAGAUUCAUUACACUUCCAAGAGUUAAUAAAAGUUCAAACUGCUCAUGAUAAUAUGAUAUGAAUAUGAUAUGAGAAAAGGGGAUGGAGAUGCAAAGGCUUGAUAAAAUUUAAAAAUGAAAAUGCAGUUUGAAUAUUAUCGCACUUUGAUGCCAGUGUAAUGAAAAUACAUAAUUUGAUGAACAGUUCACCCAAAAAUUAAAAUGUACUCACCCUCAGGCUAUUUAAGAUGUAGAUGAGUUUGUUUCUUCAUCAGAUUUGGAGAAAUGUAGCAUUGCAUCACUUGCCCUCCAAUGGAUAUGAAUGGGUGCCGUCAGAAUGAGAGUCCAAAAUGGUUAUUAUUUCUGAUAAUAACAGCUGAUGUGUAUUACUUGUGGAUUAUUGUGAUGUUUUUAUCAGCUGUUUGGACUCUCAUUCUGACGGCACCCAUUCACAUCCAUUGGUGAAAAAGUGAUGCAAUGCGUAAUUUCUCCAAAUCUGAUGUAGAUCUACAUUUUGGAUGGCACAUUUUCAGCCAAUUUGCAUUUCUGGGUGAACUUGAGGAUCCACAGCUCUUCGUGUAUUUUUUCUUUAAUUCCUUGUUUUUAUACAGUCUUUUAGAGAAAAUCCUCAAUGCCAUAUAUGAAUAGUAAAUAUAGGCAUUGUGUUUUUUUUAAAUGGUGUAGCACAUUUCUAUGAUUUUUUUCCCACUAGUAUUUCUCAAUGAAUUGAGAUGUUUUCGACAUGCACAAGUUGUACGUUCAUUUUCUAAAUGCUCAAAAGUAACCAAGGACAUUUGUUUCUCUGAAGAAGUCUGAAUGAUUCCUCUCUUUUCCUGCGUAUAUUUUUGUGUUCGGUUUAUUUUGUUUGUGGUAGCUUUUGGCUUCUUCAAAACACUUGCUUUAUUCUUCAUUCCUGCAGUAUUUGGACACUAUUUUACUUUAUCUCUUGAUGUAUGAGAAGUUUGAUCUUGUUAACUGGAUCCUUUGCUUCACAGCAUGUCAUAUGCAUUCAAGUGCAUUUCUUUCUAGAAGAUUCAUUACUGUCUACCUCUAAUAUGAACAGCUUAGCCAUCAUCAUCUCUUUCCAUGCAGAUUCCCACAGGUUUUACAAUAGGUUUACUCUUGGUAAACUUACCUGUAGCGAAUCCCUAAACCAUAUAUGUGUGUCUGUGUAACUUUACAACAUUUCUACCUUGUUCACCAGGGGCAAAAUGACUUUUAAUUUCCAAUCAGUGCUCAUUUCUGUUCUAUAUCCGUCACCUAAAAGUCGCUAAUGCUUUUUAUGUCCUGAAGAAAUGGAUCAAAGGUCUACAGUCUCUUGGUGCAAGAGAGCCUAGUAUUAUACUGUCAGUUAUAUUUGACUUUCCAUUCAAAUAAAGAACAAUUUUGUAUUUAAA